GAUGAGCGCUGCAAUCCUUCUUUUCGUUCAGCUGGGGCAAAAGAUAGACGUUACCCCGCUCGAGCUGAUGUCUAGGUGCACUGCAGCGUGCGAGAUGACGGGGUGACAUGGUCGGUAUGCAUGUGGGCUGGGGUUAGAAAGGCGAUAAUACGUCCCGACAAGGGAUUCCGGCAGCUUCCGUCAGGGCCAAGGCCGUGGGGAGGCGACAAAGAUGGCGCCAUAUGAGAGUCGACGUGGCCUCGAUGCGGCAAGGGAGGCGGCCGGCUCAAUCCUGCCAAGGCUUUUUGUCCACCACCACCAAGACUGUUAUGGAUCCAUCGCCGUCCUCGUCGUCGUCGUGCCGGUCUGCCCCGUCGAGCGCUUCCGGCUCCACGCCCCUGCAGAAGAAGUUCAAGGACACGUGCGAUGUCUGCUCGGCCUUCAAGAUACGCUGCGACAAGAGCCGUCCGUCCUGCGGGCGGUGCGCGAACCUCGGCCAGGCAUGCUCGUACAGCCCGGCCCGGCGGGCUGGCCGCCCGCGCAGGAUACGACCGCAGCAGCAACAGCAACAGAAACAACAACAGCAGCAGUCGCAUGGGGAAGGUGUCGUCUCAUCAUUCUUGGACAACUACCACGUCGGUUCCGCCACGGGACAGACCGAUUUCGACUGGAGCAGCAGCUACGACUGGGCCAUAGAGUCGUUGUUGGGCGAAGCGAAUCCAGCAGCCGCCGCCAUAAUUGCUGCUUCUUCUCAAACGCCCCUACCCCUGGCGGCAGACCACCACAGCAGCAGCACCAUAGACUUCACAAACGCCAGCCGGCAUUUUAUCGGAGAGCAGCAACUGCGGCCGCCAGCUGUCGACGACCUUUGCGCUGCGCCCCGAGAGAAUAGUCCAGCAACAGCAGGCGCGUUAUUAACAGGCCACAGCGACGACUGCGCCCGGACGGCAGCGUCCAUCGUCGAGCAGCUGGACCCAGGCCGCGAUGCCGCUGGCGCCGCCGCCUGCCGAGGUAUUGCAGCUCCGCCAGCCGACGGGUCCUCCGGCAGCAGUGCCCUCGGCAACAUCACCACUACCGCCUGCCGGCGCCUGUUGACUAUCCUGGUGUGCCCCUGCUCGGAGCAGCCGGCCGUGGUCCUGCUCGUGGCGUCGGCGUGCAUCGCGCUCAUGGACGCUGUGCUCCACCACCACCCUUAUUCGGACCAGGGCGAGUUCGAGGUCCUGGCAAGAAUCGCAAAGGUCGUACUGCGCUUCACUCAGAGAUAUGCGCAGGACGGGGGAGAAGAGGGAGGGGGAGGAGCAACGCGGCAUUUGUUGGUGGAACCCAUCGUAAUCUUGCUGCGGUCCAAACUGCAGUUCGUCACCGAGAAAGCCACGAAUAGACUAGUUCUGUGAUUCUAGCAUUCUAAGCUACGUACUGGCAUAGUUCCAUGUCCUGUUAAGUUAUAACUCGAAGCAAAAACAAUAGCAAGUAGACCGUAAACAUUUUUCCUACCAUCGCCUGGAGCCCGGCCUCAGCUUCCCAUAACACUAACUUGUACUUCUAGUGACCUCCAAGAGCAUGGCCGCCGACGUAACGCGGGAAUCCCGAGAAGCUCAGCCACAGCUCGCUGGUGAAGGGCGAGGUGCCGACAAUCUCCUUCUCGCGACUCUUGAGCUCGUCGACGUCCCAGGCAGAGAAGACGAGCUUGCCGUUGAGGAACUUGGCCUCUGGUGACACAACCCAGACCAGGAAAUCGGCGGGGAGGGAGACUUGGAACAUAAUGUCAGCUUGGCUCGAAACAAUAAUACGGGGGAAUAAAUCUUACUGUCGUC